AUGUAUCCAGCAACUCCAUCGCCACCGUCCUCAAUGUUGCUGCCUCGGAGCAGUAGUCUUUCGUCCUCUCCGAUGGCCGUGGUUCCGUUCGCUCCGGCCAAGUGUGACCUCGAACUUAGUGUGAGCUUUUCCCAACCGGAUUUGGACAGUGAAGUCAGUGUCAGUGCCUUGGGAUUCCUGCCGGCGGAUUCAGUGUCCAAGGCGUACCCGGUGGAGGAAAUUUGCCAAAAAACGGCCAUCCCAAGUGGCCGCCGGAUAACGAUCCGCAAGUCCAGCUCGACGGGACUGCUAACCCCGAACGAGGCGGACAGUGUAAUGAAGAGCUGCAACUGGAUACGGUCCAUCAAGCUGGCAAGUGAUGUGAGGAGUUACAACGCGGUGUUGGAGUUGACCCAGAGCCAGUUGAUACGACUGAGGUUGAUUCGGGAUGUGACCGCGGAGGAAGAGUUGCAGCUGUGGUUCUCCGAGGAUGUGGCCGCACUAAUGCAGAUUCCGUUCCUGACGCCGGCCAAUAUUCAACGCCAAAACUGCUACGUUUGCCACGUGUGUCGGAAAUGCUACGAGUACCCAAACCCGCUCAAAAUCCACAUGGCCACCAGCUGCGGCCAGCAGUCCAUGUCCUCUCUGUGGCAACGUCUGCUCCACAGCACAACUCGGUACGGCUUCGCAGACAACCCUGGAUGUGGAGACUUUACACCGUGGCGAAGUUCCGCCUUCCGACCCGUCCUCACAGCCACCUCGCACGCCGUCAAGGUGGAACGAUCUCCGCCACCGGUCCCGCCACUAAACAAGUCUCCCCCGCAUCAUCACAGUGUACACCACCAUCAUCACCAUCACCCGCUGGUGGACGAAUCGACCAUGGUCACGGCUGCCCACCUGGAGACCAUCGUCAGCAACAUGGGAUCGUCGAAGCAGGGCCACAUCUGCAUCUACUGCGGGAAGCUAUAUUCGCGAAAGUACGGGCUGAAAAUUCACAUUCGCACUCACACCGGAUUUAAACCGCUCAAGUGCCAGUACUGUUUGAGACCGUUUGGCGAUCCAAGCAAUCUGAACAAACACAUCCGGCUGCACCGGCAGCACGACAGUUCGCUGUACGAGUGUAAUCUGUGCGGGAAGAAGUUGGCACGGCGGAGGGACUUGCAGCGGCACCUACAGUCACGACACAACAGCUCGCAGGUCAUCGAUAGUUCGACCUCGGAGGAGGAAGAUAUUUUACCAUGA